UAUUCAACCAAAGGUGGUCCGUCAAAGAUUAAUCAUACCAUAUUACCAUUAGUUGUGGAGGAAGGGGAGCAAGCCGAGCCGAUGAAGAGAAGACAAAAAGGAAAGGGAGCGGCAAUAUUAAAUGGAAAGCAACGGGCAUAACGGGGAGUAAGCCACAAUUAUUAUUAUUGUUAUCAGAAAGGAGCAAUCACUCUUGAAUUUGACGAAACGUUGUCACGAUAAUAUCAUUUCAUAUUCAUAAUAUCAUAAACACUUACCCCUCUUCUUUCCGAUGUCUGAUCUCUUCUUUCUUUCUCUCUCAUCUCAUCUUCCCUAACCCUAAUUUCUCGACUGAGAAUCAGAGAAGACACCAUCUUUUCUUCGAUUUCUUUUCAGUGCUAAAGAUAAAGAAUCCUCAUUCCUUUUUAUCAGUCAAUUUUUAUCCUUCCUCCAUUACGAUCAUUUUGAUGGCAUCAUUGUGCUUAAUUUGCAAGUUAUGACACUUUGAUAGCAGGAAAAUGGAUAUGGGCUGCUGUGGCUGCUUUGGGUUCUCGAGAAGGAGUAAAGCAAUUGCAAGGCCCAAUUUUAGAAUUGGCGGCUUUACAAGUGUUCUUUCUCGGAAACCUUUGUUGGAAGGUGGCGAUGGAGAUGUUGAUGGCGAUGACGAUGUGGAUGUUGAUGACGAAGUGGAUGUUGAUGAUAGUUUGUAUAAUGGAGAAGAUACUAAUAUGACUCAGGAAUAUUAUGGAAGUGAAGUGUCAAGUGUUGCGAAUCGAUCAGAAGAGAUAAUUAAUUUUAAGAUUAGGAAUGGUUUGAUUUGUAGACAGUUUGAGGUCAAGGAAACUCGUAAACUUGUUCGCUCUGAGGAUGAAUAUGGAAAUAAGAUGAUUAAUGAGUAUAUCCGUGAGCUGAAGAUCGGUUCUGGAAGUUAUGCAAAAGUGGUUCUUUACCGAAGCAGCAUAGAUGGAAAACAUUAUGCAAUAAAGGUUUUUCACAAGUCCCAUUUGUUAAAGCAACGAGUAGCACCUUCAGAGACUGCGAUGACGGAUGUUUUGCGAGAGGUGCUAAUAAUGAAAGUUGUGAGCCAUCCCAACAUAGUCAAUCUUAUUGAAGUGAUUGAUGACCCAGACACAGAUCACUUCUAUAUGGUUCUCGAGUAUGUGGAGGGAAAAUGGGACUGUGAUGGUUCUGGCCCGCCUGGCGGCUUAGGGGAAGGUUUUGCAAGAAGAUACUUACGAGAUAUCGUUUCUGGACUAAUCUAUCUUCAUUCACAUAAUAUAGUGCACAUGGAUAUAAAGCCUCAAAAUCUUUUGGUUACGCGCAAUGGCACCGUAAAAAUUGCUGACUUCAGUGUCAGCCAAGUAUUUGAGGGUGAUAAUGAUGAGUUACGUCGCUCUCCCGGGACACCUGUUAUAACUGCGCCCGAAUGUUGCUUAGGUCUAACUUAUCAUGGAAAAACGGCCGAUACCUGGGCUGUGGGAAUCACCUUGUACUGUAUGAUAAUGGGAAACUUUCCCUUUAUCGGAGAGACACUACAGGAGACCUAUGAAAAGAUUGUUAAUGAUACCAUCAAUCUCCCUGAUCAUCUUAAUCCACAGCUCAUCGAUUUGUUAGAGGGACUCCUAUGCAAAGAUCCUAAUCAAAGGUUGACUUUAGAUAUGGUUGCUGUACAUCCAUGGGUUAUUGGGGACGAGGGACCACUGCCUGAAUUUGUAUGCUGGUGCAAGCGCAAUAAAGCGGAUUUGCAUCAUGAGGAUGCUGAAGUACUUUCAUGAGGCUUGAAGAUAUGUAGAGAAAAGGAGAUAAUGUUUCAACUAACCCAGUUUUGUGUAUGGUGAAUUGUAGUUUUGGCUCUUCAUGUACACUUAAUUUCCCUUGUGCGAAUUUGUUUUUCAUCCAUUGUGGUUAUGUAUUUUGUACAGUACAAUACUAGCACAUAAUAGAACUGUAUUAGUGAAUCUGAUAUCGGGUAAAAGAAAAUCAGGAAUGAGUGUAGAUUGUUUUGGGGAGUGCAUUUUCAAAAAUGCAAACAAUGAUGCUUUUACAUUGAUGAUACCGUAUAGAUUAUACAUGCCAUUCAAGGAA